CGGAAGAAGGCGUGGACGUGACUCUCUGGCUCGCCUCGCCUCAACUCUCCUAUCCCCACUGACGUUGGACAACAAAGAUGGCGGCAGGAACGAGCAAUUACUGGGAAGAUCUCAGGAAACAGGCUCGACAGCUGGAAAAUGAACUUGACCUGAAACUAGUUUCCUUCAGUAAACUGUGUACAAGCUACAGUCACAGCAGUGCCCGAGAUGGAAGACGCGACAGGUAUAGCUCUGACACAACACCCCUUUUAAAUGGAUCAAGCCAAGACAGAAUGUUUGAAACUAUGGCGAUUGAGAUUGAACAGCUUUUGGCAAGACUUACAGGAGUAAAUGAUAAAAUGGCAGAGUAUACCAACAGUGCAGGUGUCCCCUCCUUGAAUGCAGCACUGAUGCAUACAUUACAGCGACAUAGAGACAUACUGCAGGAUUAUACACAUGAAUUCCAUAAAACCAAAGCAAACUUUGUGGCAAUACGGGAAAGGGAGAAUCUCAUGGGAUCCGUACGAAAGGAUAUUGAGUCUUAUAAAAGUGGGUCUGGAGUAAACAACAGAAGAACUGAACUAUUUUUGAAAGAACAUGACCACCUUCGAAACUCAGAUCGUCUAAUAGAAGAGACAAUAAGCAUUGCUAUGGCAACAAAAGAAAAUAUGACUUCACAGAGAGGAAUGUUGAAAUCAAUUCAGAGUAAAAUGAACACUUUGGCCAAUCGUUUUCCUGCUGUGAACAGCCUCAUCCAGCGAAUCAACCUUAGGAAGCGGCGAGACUCCCUCAUCCUGGGUGGUGUUAUUGGCGUCUGUACCAUCCUGUUGCUGCUGUAUGCAUUCCAUUGAUGGGACAUCUCCAGGGACUCUUGACAGCCACCACUUUCACACCCUGAUCCAGAAGAAGAAAAAAUAGGAAGGAGAAGUUGACUGACCUGCUAAUUAGCCUGACCGGCAGGAUUCAUUCAAGACUGAUAGUGAUGGACUCUGACAUGGUCAGGUUGAGCGGAAGUCACAGGUUUUCUGUGCUAUCUUUUCUAACACACAUUUCCCUCUGUUUUUAGUUUCUAAAAAAAAAGAUGUUUUGUCUCCUCAAGAGGUAAGUAAACCCAUCAGAAACAGAAUUUCCAUGCUUCAAUGAUAGUGUUGAAGGCUGAUGACAAGCCAGGUCAUGAGGCUGGACUCUUCAAAAAGCCAGGUUUCUCUAUAUCCAAAGACUGCUUUCCUUUCAGCCACCAGAUGGAGUUGUGAAUAAAAAUAACUUUUUCCUUUUAUUUUACACUCAUGAUGAGAAAUCCCAAGUCAUUUCUUGAUAAUCUGUGAUAUAAAUUUCUACUCUGUCCCCAACUUUUUUGGUGUUCAAGGAAAAUGGCAAUUUUCAAAGAAUCGUUGAGAUUUUCACAGGCCAUCUUCAACACAGUUGAGGUUAUCUGAAACAGAAGACAAACACUGCAAAAAAGACUUUAUCUUGUUUUUUAAUCAUGCCCACACUCGGGUUAACUGUAUUCCUGGAAAAACCAUCAAGAAUGACAGGCUUUUUUUUGGUCAGUCAUUGUUUUUUACUUUUUGUUAAUUUCUUCUAUUGAGUAAUAUCUAUUACUACAAGAAAACAAAAUUCCAGUUUUAUCAAGACAAAAAGCCAGUCAAUGCCCCUAACUUGUCCUCCUCAUGUCAUGAUUAACACUGACAACUAAGUGAGGAAAAUGCUUGAUUUUCCUUGUGAUCUCUUCAACAAGCCACAUGUAAAAAGACAGUGAGGGGCCACCAUCCAGAUGAUUCCAUUUGUAAAUGUUCCACAUGUAGGAGCAAAAGUUUAAGAACCCCUGUCUUAUGUACCAGGAAUUCUGUGCUCUGUGAGAACCUAUUCAUUCCAAAUCUGUUAGGCUUUCCCAAACAUUCAGAGAAUGAGGGGCUUUACUGCUGAAGGAGAAAAUACCAGAAUCUGUUUCUGUCUGCACUAUCAGAAUAUGUCUUCUGUUACCACCCUGGACAGUGACAAAAUCUUAAACCAUCCACCAGAAUUGUUUUCAAGUUUAACCAUUUCCUGGUUUCUGUAAAUGUUACGACCUUUCUAACUGAACUACCACAAAUAGGUCGAAGACUUCCAACAUCUGCUGUUCUUACCAAGAAAGAAGGCUCCUCUUCACCUCUGGAAUGUACUGUGGUGUUUAUAGUAUUGGCUUGAGACCAUGCCACAGGAAAUAAAAGGAUAUUAGCAUGUAGUUCUUCACUCCAUCACAGUGUGUUGAUGGUGCAUUCAGAUGAACUUGAUUAUAGGCUGAUCAGUAGACUAACCUCUGGUUGGGGACAGUAACUGAGAGGUUUUUCAUUCUGGCAUUAGAGUUUCAUUAUGUUCUGGGUAUGAAGAGCAAUUGAUAUAUUUUUUUUUAACUUAAUGGGGUUUAUUUUUCUAAAUAUGGAUUGAUUGAUCAAUCAGUUGAUUGGGGAUGCCCUUAAAAGAAAAUUUAAGUUUUCCCACUGUGAACCUUGAAAGAUCAGAGAAUUAAGUUCAUUUAUUAAAUUGUCUCCUGGGAGAACAAAACUUCUCUCCCCUGACUCUUUAUUUAUCUUUGAUUUUUCAAAGGGUCUUUAUCGGUGGUUGUGCCUCAGCUAGAAUUUGUGGGACUUUGGUUGCUAUAUAGUCAGCAUUUAUAAAAUCUGAAGUAUCAUAAAUAAAGUUAUUUAUUUAAUUAUACUACCAGUGUUUUUUACUGGUCUGAUUAUUUGGUGUGUUCAUGAAAGCUGAUGGUGGCAUAUGAGUAAAACUAGGACCCGUGCUAAUCUAGCUUGCUGCAGCUAAGCAAACAAACGCUUUUGAUAGCUGGUAAGCCUUUCCAUUAGGGUCAUGCUUAAAUGAAGUAAUAGAAUUAUGUUGAUUAUUUUCUUUAUGAAAAUAAACAAGUUCUUCUAAGGAAGUUGAAAAAGUGUGGUGUAGAUGUUGGUGUCAGACAGGUCUGACUAACCUCACAGUGGUGUAACCCAUAGUGAGGUGACCCAGGACAGAACGUAGGGCUCGCUUCUCCUCUUCGGUCCCUUCCUUUGUGGAAGGAAGCCCUGGAGGAGGGGCAGACGUGUGCCAUCAACAAGCAGAGGCUCCCUUUGGGUCCCAUGGUGGCUGAUUUGAACUCUCUUCAGUUUCGUGCCAUUUAGCCUUUUUUUUUCUUUUUUUUAAACAGCUUACUUUUCUCAACCUUUUGCUGUCGUUACAAACCAGUUACUAGGCUCAGGGGCCAACAGUAAGUUGCUUAUUGGAGCCAGGUGCAAGGAGUUUUCUAUUCCUUGUCCCAAAUGUUGCCCGUUACAGGAAGUUAUUCUCUCAGUCAUGUCUUACAUAACCCAUGUCUUUUAGGGAUCUUAAAUCACUCAGAACUUCCCAUUUCACUUGAAAUGAGAAAUCAUGGUAACAAAAAGGGCAGGAGAUUUCAAAAGGUAUAGUUCUCUGAGAGUUUGCUUUACUGUGUGCCAGUAACUUUAGUUUAAAAAUGGUUAAUGAAUCUAUUUCUCAAGUUCAAGCCCAGAUACACUAUUAACGAUUCUGAGGGAGUCCCUGUAACAGGCAGUAUUGCUCACCCAAAUUUUUCUAAUGUUAGAAAAGGGCUUUUCUUCUCCAUUCUUCCUUUCUCCUGCUUGCCAAAAUUUUCUAGAGAAUGUCUUUUUACAUCCUGCCCAGUACUCAUAUCAGCCAUGGGAGUAUGACCCUGAGAGUGGAGAUGGGUAAUGAGAGAGAGAAGUCAGCAUGAGAGCCCUUUUGGUACCUGGAACCAAAUAAUACUGACUUUAGUUCUUUCCUGUUGGAUGUGGAAUAGAAAAAUGUACUUAUUGAGCCUUUUGAUGCAAUGACUUUUGGCCUCUGUGGAACUGAGGCACCUUGGACUUGCAUUCCCACCAUGAAUUUUUCUGUUUCAUUGUUAAUGAUCUCAACCUGAUGAAAAGGACUUUAAAGAACUGGACUAGCCUUUUUGGUUUUCUAAUACCUCAUGUUUGAUCACUAGCCAGAUAUGAUUUCUUGGAAACCGACUGCAUUUUCUAACUUGCAAUAUGAAGCUAUUGAGGGUGAAUGGCCAUGUCUAGUGUUACACUGAAUUUUGUGGCAAAUGUAAAGAGGAAAUGGAUUCUACUGGGAAUUUAAAUGAUUCUGUUCCAUUCUUCUUUGGGGAUAGGAGUUGUUUAGCCUGGUCUCCAAAAAGAUACAGCUUUUCAUCAUGAUCUUUAUAAACUAAUCUUACUCCUUUAUGAACCUGCAUACCCAUAAGUUUUAUAGGGCAAAAGAAAAUGAGGAACCAGUGACUCUGAGGAUGUUACUGGAUAAGAAGCUGAGACAGCUGAGCCAUGUCCUGAGGCAUCUUAUUUUCUUUGUGUCUACUGCAAAGUGUCACUUUGGUAUCAAAGUAUUUGCAUCUAUUCCUGUCCUUUUAGCUCUUAGAGAGGAAGAGAAAUCAAUUCCAAUCACACUUUACCAUGAUGGAAGAUGUUUCCUCAUGAAAAAAAUGCCAAUACAGAUUUUUAAAAAUCUAUUCCAAAUGCACUUUUUAAUUUUUUGCUUUUAAAAUGGCUUCUUGGAACCAGGUUUAUUGUAUUUGUACUUCAUUUUUGUUCUCAUCUAAAUGUGCGUUUUCUGACUGUAUAGAAGAAGCUUUGUUAUGUAAUUUAAUAAUAAAUUAGAAAUCUGAA